AUGAAGGCAGUCAUUCUUGGAAGAGGAUGCAUCAUCAGUUCAGGGCAACAGUUCCACCAGCACAGAAUAAAGAGUGUCUUUGUUCCUUAUUCCAGCCCACCCUGUCCAGAGAAGUUAAGGUUAACUGAUACAAAAGGCCUCCUGAUGGACACCCCACAUCCCAAUAGCAGUAUUGUAGAAGAUGAUUUGGGUCUAAAGACCAGUCACACAUGUGUAGAGAGCAGCUACUGUGUAGAGAGCAGCUGCUGUGUUGAAAGCAGCUACUCUGUUAAAAGCAGCUACAGUGUUGAAAACAGCAGUAUUGGAGCAAACCAUCCCAUGACAAUGGAUCAUGUAGAGAAGAACGUUAAGAAAAGAAAAUAUAGUGAGGAUUUUUUACAGUAUGGUUUUACCUCAAUAAUUACAGCAGGAAUUCAGAAACCGCAAUGUGUUAUUUGUUGUGAAGUUCUAUCAGCUGAAUCUAUGAAGCCGAACAAACUAAAAUGCCAUUUUGAUAGCAAGCAUCCGAGCUUUGCCGGCAAGGAUACCAACUAUUUUAGAAGCAAAGCUGAUGGACUCAAGAAAGCCAGACUUGACACUGGUGGCAAGUACCACAAACAAAACAUAGUAGCCGUUGGAGCUUCAUAUUUGGUGGCACUCAGAAUUGCCAGAGCUAUGAAACCUCACACCAUUGCUGAGGAUUUACUGUUGCCAGUGGCCAAAGACAUUGUUUAAGUUAUGAUCAGAGACGAAUUGGUUAGGAAAUUGAGUGUAAUUUCCUUAUCUAACGACACUGUCUGCAGAAGAAUAGAUGACAUGUCUGCUGAUAUUCUUGAUCAGGUAAUCCAGGAAAUUAAAUCUGCUCCACUUCCAAUAUUUAGUAUCCAGCUUGAUGAAUCUACAGAUGUUGCAAACUGUUCACAGUUACUGGUUUACGUGAGGUAUAUUAAUGAUGGCGACUUUAAAGAUGAGUUUCUUUUUUGCAAACCUCUUGAAACGACAACUACUGCACGUGAUGUAUUUGACACAGUUGGUUCAUUUCUGAAAGAGCAUACGAUCUCUUGGGAAAAGGUUUGUGGUGUUUGCACAGAUGGUGCUCCAGCUAUGCUAGGAUGUCGAUCUGGAUUUCAACGUUUGGUACUGAAUGAGUCACCAAAAGUCAUCGGAACUCACUGUAUGAUUCAUCAGCAAAUAUUAGCAACGAAGACGCUGCCACAAGAAUUACAAGAAGUAAUGAAAAGCGUCAUAAGUUCUGUCAAUUUUGUAAAGGCAAGCACUUUAAACAGUCGACUGUCUUCGCAACUGUGCAACGAGUUGGAUGUGCCGAACAAUGCUCUGCUAUUUCACACUGAAGUGAGAUGGUUGUCAAGAGGAAAAGUUUUAAAACGUGUUUUUGAGCUUCGUGAUGAAUUCAAAACAAUUUUUAAUCAGAAAGCAAGACCGCAGUUCGAAGCACUUUUCAGCGAUAAAAGUGAACUGCAGAAAAUAGUUCCAUACUUGGUUGACAUCAUCUUGAAUGAGUUAAAUUUAUCACUGCAAGGACCAAAUGCAACAUGCCUCGAUUUGUCUGAAAAGAUCCGAUCAUUGCAAAUGAAACUUCAUCUUUGGCAAGAAAAAUUGGAUGAAAAUAAAAUUUACAUGUUGCUUACCUUAUCUGCUUUCUUUGAGGAACAUGACAUUGAACCAGACAAAAGGAUUACGAUGAUAAUUUCUGUGAAAGGACACUUGCACAUGCUUGCAGACGAAAUUUCAUCAUACUUUCCAAAUCCACCUGACACUCCAUUUGCUGCCAGAAGCCCAUUCACAGUCAAAGUUGAAGAUGUUCCUGAGACAGCACAAGAGGAGUUCAUUGAACUUAUUAACAGCGAUGAAGCAAGAACUGAUUUCUCUACAAUGCCAGUUACAAAAUUCUGGAUCAAGUGUUUGCAGUCAUAUCCUGUUCUGUCUGAGACUGUGUUGCGCCUUCUUCUUCCAUUUCCAACAACAUAUAUUUGUGAAACAGGGUUUUCCAGCUUGUUGGUUAUCAAGUCUAAAUACAGAAGUAGACUUGUUGUGGAAGAUGAUCUUCGUUGGGCUCUUGCAAAGACUGCCCCGAGAAUUUCUGAUCUGGUGAGAAAGAAGCAAUCUCAACCUUCACACUGA